AUGGGUAAAAGUGUUGGUAGUAUGGUUGGUAUUGGGGGAUUGGAGGUUGAUGGUCCAGAUGUAUUAUUGCACGAGAGGCAAGGCAAGGUGUGUGGUGUCCAGCGGGCAGGCAGGCUAGCUGGCUGUUGGAGGGACCCAAGAGGCAAAAUCGGAAAAAGCAAAAGAGCCCUAAGGGGCACGACGGCUAGGAGUCAAGAUAUGCGGAUGGACGACCUCGGGAGGGAGAGGAAGAGGGAGGUUGGCGUUGGAGCGAGGACGAGGCGAGGUACUGUCUACCUUGGCGGAGCACUGUCCACGGUAGGCAUUGCGGGGUACCUGGUACUUAGGGAAGCGCUUGAGGGAGAAAAGGCAAAGGAGGUUAAAACGGAUGAAUGA